AUGUCAAAACAGUGCUUCGUCACGGUAAAUGGCAGCCAUGCUGCAAAAGGGUUUGUACAGAUAGUGGAGGAGCCAGAAAGCAACGAACUGUUUGCAGAUGUCGGCAAAGUAGCCGAACAGAAGGCAUUGGAAGACUUGGUAGAGACAGUCAACCUUGGCUUCCCAUCAUCCAACAACGAGGCGGAGAAUAAAGCAUUGCUAACAGGUUUAAAAUCAGCACUUCACAUGAAGGCCACCGAGCUGAUGGUGUACAGUGACUCCCAGCUAGUAGUCAACCAGAUUUUAGGCAACUACAAGGCAGAAGAUGAUGGGAUGGCUAAGUAUCAAGAGUUGGGUCAAGUGCAAGGACGAAUUAAGGGUCAAGUGCAAGGACGAAUUAAGGGUCAAGUGCAAGGACGAAUUAAGGGUCAAGUGCAAGGACGAAUUAAGCACCGGAAUACUGUGAGUAACAUCUUAGUAAAGAUAUUUUUGAUAAGUUUUGGUGUUCUAGUGGCUUCAUAUGAGGAGGUUGAUAUUAACUGGAUUGGUUUGGCUUACCAAAUGGGAGGUGUUGUUGCGAAAGCUUUGAGGCGUAUAUUCAUGGAGAUUUUUGUUAAAAGGAAGGGUCUCAAACUAAACCCUAUUUCUGUCAUGUACUACGUUAGUCCCUACAGGCAUUUCUUGUGCAGUGCUCUUUGCUUGUUCAUUCUGUGGAUUUUUCUAGAGAAGCCAAAGAUGGAUGCCCAAGGGACAUGGAGCUUUCAACCUGUUAUCCUAACACUCAACUCUCUUUGUACUUUUGCACUUAAUCUAUCAGUUUUUCUUAUGAUCUCGCAUACAAGUGCUUUGACAAUUCGUGUUGCUGGAGUUGUCAAGGAUUGGGUGGUUAUCUUACUAUCAACCCUUCUGUUUGCUGAUACAAUGCUGACAAUGAUAAAUCUGUUUGGUUAUGGCAUCACCAUUGUAGGUGUAGCUGCAUAUAACAACCACAAGUUGAAAAAGGAGGCUUCUCAAGGCUCCUCUGAUGAGUCUCAACAUGCUGAAUCUACGCCAUUAACUUCAUCCUCAACUAUUGAAAGUAGAUAAAUAGAGAGCGGUCUCACAGUUUAGUCUGAGGUAUGCAACUUUAAUUGUGCAAUUUGACUCUUCCCU